GCCACGAGCUCCCACGGCCCAGCACCUCCCGCCCCGCCGCCCUUAUCUGCCCCUCUCCCCGUGCGAAGGCUUUGGCAGUGGGACGGCACCAUGCGGGGCGGCGCGGUGCUGUGUGUGCUGCUGCUGUCGCUGGCCUGGCUGAGCCCGGCAUGGGGGGCUGAGGGUGGGGAGGAGGAUGGGGAGGUGUUGGUGGCGGAGGAGGAGGAUGAGGAUGAAGAGGAUGAGGUGCUCUCGGAUGAGCUGAUGGAGGAGGACGGCGUCCUGGUGCUCCAUGAGCACAACUUCGCCCGCGCCCUGCGCGAGCACCGCCUGCUGCUGGUGGAGUUCUACGCCCCGUGGUGCGGGCACUGCCGCCGUUUCGCCCCUGAGUUCGCCCGUGCGGCCGCGUUGCUGAGGAAUGGAUCAGAGGCGGUGCGGCUGGGCAAGGUGGACGCCGUGGCACAGACAGCCCUGAGUGCCGAGUUCCACAUCGAGGCUUUCCCCACGCUCAAACUCUUCCGUGAUGGCAAUCGCACCCACCCCGUGGCGUACAGCGGACGCAUGGACGCCGAGGGCAUGGUGCUGUGGGUGCAGCGCCGGGCCGGGCCCAGCGCCACGCUGCUGCAUGAUGCCGACACCGUUGCUGCCUUCAUCGGCUCGCAGGACAUCACCGUGGUGGGCUUCUUCAAGGUGGGCCGGGGCCGGGGCGGGCAGGGCUGGGCUGUGGGCAUGGCGGUGCUGAUGGUGGGGACCAUGCAGGACCUGCGUGGUGAGGCAGCGCAGGCGUUCUACGAGGUGGCCGCAGAGGUGGUGGAUGUGGUGUUCGGGGUGGCUGAGGAGGAUGAGCUGUUCGAGGCGUACGGGCUGUCGGCCGACACCGUCUGCCUCUUCAAGAAGUUUGAUGAGGGGCGGACGGAUUUUCCCGUGGACCCGGAGCAGGGCCUGGAAGUAGCCGAGCUGACGCGGCUGCUCCGUGUGCACAGCCUGCAGUUGGUGAUGGACUUCUCCAAUGAGACCUCCGGCCAGAUCUUCGGGGCCAAGAUCCCCAACCACAUGCUGCUCUUCCUCAACACCUCCGUAGCAGAGCAGCAGGCACUGCGGGACGAGUUCCGUGCGGCCGCCAGCACCUUCCGGGGUGAGGUGAGGUGGUCCCACGGCAAGAAAGGACGGGGCCUGGGGGAACACAGCCUCAGUGCUGCCCGUCUCCCCCCCUUCCAGGUGCUCUUUGUGGUGGUGGAUGUGGACGGGUACGGUGCCACCGUUCUGCCCUUCUUCGGCCUGACGCCCAGCGAUGCGCCCACGCUGCGCUUCAUCAAGAUGGAGAACAACCGCAAGUACCGCAUGGAGGCAGACGCCUUCUCAACCACGGCCGUGCGUGACUUCGUGCAGGCGGUGCUGGACGGCAAGGUGAAGCCCCAGCUGCUGAGCGCAGAGCCCCCCGAGGACUGGAACACGCGGCCCGUUAAAGUGCUUGUGGGGAAGACCUUUGAGCAGGUGGCAUUUGAUGAGACCAAGAAUGUCUUUGUGAAGUUCUAUGCACCGUGGUGCACCCACUGCCAGGAGAUGGCGGCUGCCUGGGAGGAGCUGGGCGAGCGCUACAAGGACCACGAGGACAUUGUCAUUGCUGAGAUGGAUGCCACGGCCAAUGAGCUGGAGAACAUCACCAUCAGCGGAUACCCAACGCUGCACUACUUCCCCGCUGGGCCGGGCAGGAAGAUGGUUGAAUAUAGGAGUGCCCGAGAUGUGGAGACCUUCUCCAAGUUCCUGGAAAAUGGAGGGAAGCUGCCGGAGGAGCCACCCACGGUGUCCAAGGCCCCGGAGAACAGCACAGAGUCACCGAGCCCAUCUGGCACAGCCGAAGCCCGGGAGGAGCUGUGAGCCCUGUCCUGCUGCAGUGGGCAUUAUAAAUGACCCUGGAAAUGAUGGGGGCUCUGUCUGUGUCUGCGGGGUGCAGUUCAACCCUGCUGGGGGGGCACGCAGCACUGAAUGGUGCCUGCUGGGCCUCUUGGGGACACAGUGCAGCUGGUGGGUGUCACGACGGGGGUUGAGCCCACUGGGGUGUGCAGGGCAGAGCCUCAGGCACCCAUGGCACUGAGCAUUCCCAUGGAGGGGGUGCUGCCUUUGC